AAAAGGGUAAAUGAGGGCCUGGCCUGUAGUCAAAGAAAACCCAUCGAAAACCUAAACCGAUAGGGAAACCUGUACGCUCCCCGUCCUUCCCGAAUCUCGAUCGACCAGUUCGUCGGAGAUUGCCGAAGAAUCAUCUUCUUCUUCUUCCUCUGCCAAACCCUAACUUAUUGCGCUGAGAUCAGGGGCAUUCGGAUCGAAUCAUCCGUCAAUUUCUUUUAGUUUUUCCAGCCAUGUCUGCCGUAUGCGGAAGCAAGAGAUCUUUCUUUGAAGAUAUUCCUUCUCCGCCGUCUGCAAAGAGGUUCCGUUGCUAUUCGCCUUCGAAUUCUCCAAGCUGGUCCUCUCCCUCCUCAUCGCUCGAUCAGCUUCGCACUGCGUUUCCUCACCUCGAACUGACGGUUCUUGUGAAGGCACUAGAGGAACAUGGGAGUGAUUUUAAUGCUGCCAUGAAAAGCUUGCACUCUUUGGUAUCCGCUGCGGAGAAGGAAGCUGAGGAAUUAGCCGCAGCAGGUGCUAAUAAGGGAACUGGUGCGGUUGCGGGUGAAAAUCUUACGGCUUUAGACAAGCUCCCGACGAGUGGUGAUGACUGGGUUGAAUUGCUGGUGAGGGAAGUGACACAUUCUACUGGUACAGAUGAUGCAAAAGUUCGUGCAGCAAGAGUCCUGGAGGCCUUAGAGAAGAUGUUAAGUGCACGUGCUCGCGAAGAAGCAGGAAAAAAGUUCCAAGAGGAGAACGUGGCAGUGCAGCAGCAAGUGGAGGCCUUGAUCAAGGACAACACAGUCCUCAAACGUGCUGUUGCUAUCCAGCAUGAGCGGCAGAAGGCAUUCGAGGAUGCAAACCAGCAGCUAGAUCUUUUCAAACACCUGAUUCCUCAGUACCAGGAAAAGCUCAGAACUCUUGAGGUGAACAACUACGCCUUGAGAAUGCAACUGCAGCAAGUGGAACAUGGCAACUCCAUGCCGGGAAGAUUCAAUCCGGAUGUCUUCUAAUGCUGUCCAAGAGAAGCGAGUGCACUUGGCAGGAGAAGGCAAUAAACGCAAGAUAGAGGAGAUAUCAGAAGUGAAAACAGAAAUGCUUUGCAUUGUAUUUGCUGUGUAGUCGGAACAACAACAUGUGUUUCUUUUCCUUUUUUUUUUCUUUUUCAUUUUCUUUGGUGCUGUUUGUCUGUUCCUCAGUCACAUUAAUUUGGGAUAUAAAGAAUGUGUUUGGGUAUAGGAGACGACUUGUACUGCCCUGAAACUUGGCUUCACCAUUCCUGUACUGUAAAUCCCAACAAAGAACCCAAUACUGUUUAAGAUUUAUUAUUUUCCUGUUAGUUUCAAAGAAAAGAUACACUUUGGAGCAGAGAUAAAUUGAAAAAGCAAAAAAAAAGAAUCCACGUGAGCGAGGUUCGCACCACAAAUCUCUCGACUCGAACAAAUCAGACGAGUGAAACAACAAACUGGGAAUCAUCUUCUUCCUAGUGAACAAUGAUGACCUCUGCUAAGCUUCUCCGCUAGCUCGAGACCUUUAUUUGCCCUCACCUUCCUCUCAAAUGGCUGCCCUAGCUUCUCCCUCCCUCAUCCCCUCUUCUCUCUGCUUCGCCGCCGCCGCCGCCGAUGGUCCUCCUUCCCUCUCUUGUAAUUUCGCGGCCUUUCCCGACGCCGGUACCAAUCUCAGGUAUCACAGGAGCUUUUUAUCCGUUUCAUCCUCUUCGCCUUAUCGAAAACGACGGGGGUUACCUCGCCGUUCCUUGGUCGUGUUUGCUGCUUCCGGAGACUACUACGCUACUCUCGGUGUCCCUAAAUCUGCUGACAGCAAGGAGAUUAAAGCAGCCUAUCGACGGCUAGCUCGUCAGUACCAUCCCGAUGUGAACAAGGAACCUGGAGCCACCGAGAAGUUCAAGGAAAUCAGUGCUGCCUAUGAGGUGCUAUCAGAUGAGCAAAAGAGAGCAUUGUAUGAUCAAUAUGGUGAAGCCGGGGUCAAGAGUACUGUAGGAGGAGCAACUGGUACUUACGCGACAAAUCCCUUUGACCUUUUCGAGACAUUCUUUGGUGCGAGCAUGGGUGGAUUUCCCGGGAUGGACCAAGCUGAUUUUGGGAGAACCCGCCGCAGUAGGGUAACCAAAGGCGAAGAUUUACGAUAUGACAUCACCUUGGCACUUUCAGAGGCUAUUUUUGGAUCUGAGAAAGAAUUUGAUCUUACGCAUCUGGAGACAUGUGAAUCUUGUGUUGGCACCGGGGCAAAAGCAGGAUCCAAGAUGAGAAUAUGCUCCACUUGUGGUGGACGGGGUCAAGUUAUGAGAACUGAGCAAACACCAUUCGGCUUGUUUUCACAGGUUUCUGUAUGUCCAAAUUGUGGUGGAGAUGGUGAGGUGAUUUCAGAAAAUUGCCGGAAAUGCUCUGGAGAAGGACGUGUGCGUAUAAAAAAAAGCAUCAAAGUCAAAAUUCCUCCGGGAGUAAGUGCAGGUAGCAUCCUUAGAGUUGCCGGGGAAGGUGAUUCUGGUCCCAGAGGUGGACCUUCAGGAGAUUUGUACGUAUAUCUUGAUGUUGAAGAUGUCCGGGGAAUUCAAAGGGAUGGCAUAAACCUUUUAUCUACCCUUUCGAUCAGUUACCUUGACGCUAUACUGGGUGCGGUUGUGAAGGUGAAAACAGUUGAAGGAGACACUGAACUGCAGAUACCUCCGGGUACUCAACCUGGUGAUGUGCUGGUCCUGGCAAAGAAAGGUGCACCAAAACUGAAUAGACCGUCCAUCCGCGGUGACCACUUGUUUACAGUCAAAGUUACUAUACCAAACCAAAUAAGUGCUGGAGAGCGGGAGUUGCUGGAGGAACUUGCAUCUCUGAGUGAUACAUCUGGCUACCGGCCACGGACUCGUGCUAAGCCUCAGCGAUCCACUUACACUGAUGGAUCCCCUAAUCUGUAUGCGGACUUUGGUUUUGCAGCUCUAAGCAGUGCACCUAGUAGCUCAGUGGACGGGAGAGAUGAAGUUAGCGAGAAAAGCCAAGAACCGGAGCAAGCAAACGACCUGUGGAAGAACAUCAAAGAUUUUGCAGGGUCGGUCGCAAAUGGAGCUCUGAAAUGGCUGAGAGAUAACCUCUAGAGAUCAUUUAUUAAUCUGAGGGUCUUUUUGAUUUGAUGCACAGAUUGUGAGAGGAGGGCGAUUCUGCUCUACCUACACCUACUCCUUUUAUUAGUACAGAUACAACAACCGGUGUUUUCGAGUUGGCUUUGUGUUUUGGUAACAAAAAUAAAAACAGAGAAAUGUGUUCUUUUUCCCUCAUUUUCUUUUUUUGUUUAUAACAGAAAGAAAACUAAUGGUCUUGUACCUAUUCACCAGGUGGGACAUUUAUCACACAGCCACUUAUAACCCUUUAUCAUUUGGAACGUGACUUGAAUUGUUUUGCUA